AUGGAGGAGCGGACGGUCGAGAUGAUGAUGAUGAUGAUGAUGAUGAUGAUGAUGGUACAGAUGAUGAUGAUGAUGAUGAUGGUAUGUUUGCGUUUCACAUGGUUUCUCCAUGGGGAGUACACCGUGGAGGUGGCCAUCAACGACUACCUGGACAUCUACUGCCCCCACUACGAGGACCCGCUACCCCUGGAGCGCAUGGAGCGUUACAUCCUCUUCAUGGUCAACUACGACGGCUACACCACCUGCGACCACCGCAUGAAGGGCUUCAAGCGCUGGGAGUGCAACCGGCCACAGAGCCCCAACGGACCUCUCAAGUUCUCUGAGAAGUUCCAGCUCUUCACUCCCUUCUCACUGGGGUUUGAGUUCCGGCCGGGUCACGAGUACUACUACAUCUCGUCUCCACACCCUAACCUUGUCGGUAAACCCUGCUUGAAGUUGAAAGUCUAUGUCAAGCCUACAAAUGACUCAGUGUAUGAGUCCCCAGAGCCCUUCCUGACAGACGACAGCACCGGUGGCUGUUGCGUGGCCGCCCCCUGCCUCUCCCUCAUGCUGGCCAUGCUGCUCACGCUUCUCCUGUCCUCAUCAUAACAUCUUGGGCCCGCCGGCCUUACCCCCUUGAAACAGCCCCCCACCCGACUUCCCAUCAAAUCUUCCGCCUCUGCCCCCUGCGAGGAGACAUGCCUCUUCCACACACCCUCUCCCCACGCCUGUCCUCUCUUCCUCCCAUAUCAGUCUACUCUCCUCCACCCUCAACCCCUCGAUAUGCACCAUCUGGACACUGUAAACUCAUACUGCCCCUCCCUCAGAACCUUCCAACUCCUCAGCGUAACCCUUGCUUCAUGACCUCUGGCUUCUGACCCUCAGCUUGCAGCUCAAGUCCAGGUGGCGAUAAAGUGGAGUAGUCCUGGGGACCAGGAAGGAGUCGCUUAAAGACAAAAAGGAGUCCCUUAAAUGCAGGAAGGAGUCCCUUAAAGGCAGGAAGGAGUUCCUUAAAGUCUUUACAAAAACAGCCUCCCAGUUGCAGAGGAGUGCUGGGAUGUGCAAGAAAUGGAUGGGGUUUUGAAGCGAACUGAGCACAAACUCCACUCCUACGUGUCUGGAUGGUCGACAGUGACUGUUGAAGUCGACAGUGACGUCUUCUCCACUUAAGAACCCUCUCAUGUGCAUCUUCAUCUUCGGACUGUUUGCAUUUCUCUUUGAGUCUUUGUGCUUAUGCUCAGUAAUGUCCCACUUGUACAUGUUCAUUCUGUUAAUAAUAAUAAUAAUAAUAAUAUGUUACAGCGUAUUAUACAGUAGUAUAUUACUUUGUCACGUUGGCUCCUGUGGUGAUAGAUCAUAGGUGAACCUUUCUCUCUCUCUCUCUCUCUCUCUCUCUCUCUCUCUCUCUCUCUCUCUCUCUCUCUCUCUC